UCAUACGAAAAAAAAAGUUCAUCUGUCCAGACGUGUUUAAAUAUCGUGUUGAAAUCAGGCAAAAAGUAGAGUUUUCCGAGUGUUCUCGUGCAUUUGCAGAUAGUUACUUGCAUUGCGCGACCGUUUUACUUAGUUAUUGCAGCGCAAACGGCGUUUAAGACGCGAAAAUUGAAGCCAAAAGUGCCAGUUCUCGGAGGCCAAAGUAGGGGCUGAAAUAGCAAAAUCCAAAGGUAAGUUCAGGUAAAAAAAACAAAGGCCACCUUUAGCGAAAGAGCGUGAGAGGGAGUACCAUGUCGGAGGCCAUGAGUGCCCCACCGCCCCUAAUUCCGCAGCUGCAGGAGAUGCAGCAGCAGCAACAACAACAGCAGCAGGGCGGCAAUCCCGGUAAUCUCGCCCAGCAGUGGAGCAACUACGCCUGGUAUGCCAACCAAAAUGCCGCCUACCAGCAGCAAUAUCAGCAGUACUACCAGUACUGCAUGCGCUACCAGCAGCAGCAGCAACAGCAGGUAACCUCGACGGUCAGUGCUUCGAAUGCGCCGCCGGGCUUCAGCAAUGCGCUGGCGGUACCGCCACCCCUUCCUUCGGGUCCGCCACCCCCACCACCGCCCAAAAUUGGCCAAACAGCGGCCCAAAACAAGCAGCAGCAACAACAACAGCAGCAACAGCAAAAGAAUUUCGGGGGAAUACGUUUCAAUUUAAAUUUAAACCAAAAGCGGUUGGCUGGUGCCCCCAAUCCCCUGCAACAACAACAACUACAGCAGCAGCAACAGGUCAUGCAAAUGUACAAUAACAAUAACAACAACAACAACAACAGCAGCAGCAAUAGCAACAAAAAGAAGCGGAAGCGUAACAACAAAAACAAGAGUUUUGAGCAAUCGGUUUAUAGCAAUCCGUUUAACAAUCAAGCUCAAGCUACGCCCAUAGCACCACCCCCGCCCAUUAUUAGCGCCAGCGAUGUGGGCGUGCCGAUCACCCCUGAUCUAAGUAAACCACCGCCACCAUUGCCACUGGCCAUAGUGGCCCCCACAGAGAAUCCCCAACAGCAACAUCAGCAGCAGCAACUUCAGCAACAACAACAGCAACAGACUGCUUCUCCCGCUCCACCGCAAGCGUCCCCAUUUAAGCGGCCCAACAGCUUUCAAAUGGCCUCCAACGAUUCCUGGCCGGACGCCCUCAAUCAAUAUGUGGCCCGUUGCUACUCAAAGUGUAACACAGACCUCGACAAGGAUCAGAUUGACAUAUGCCUGAAGGGCAAGAUUAUAGCGGCGGCCAAUCGCAAUGAGCUGUGGACGCGGGACUGGGACAACGAACCCAUGCCCACGGUACACAGCGAGCGGGACGGCAUCGAUGUGGUGCUAAGCAAUGUGACGCCCCCGCAGCCGCAGCGAAGCAACUACUUCCAGAAGAAGCUGGAGCAGGAAAGGGAGCGGGAGAGAGAACGCGAGCCGGAGAAGGCCCCGAACAAGGGCUCCUCGGGUAUAGUGAAUCAGUUUAAGCAGAAGGUCAAUCAGUUUAACAAGUCAUCGUCCGGCUACGGUUCCCAUCAUCACUCUUCGUCAUCGAGAUACUCCAGGAGUCGUUCGCGAUCGCCAUCAUCUUCAAACUCGUUGAAGUACUCGAGCAAGAAACGGUACUCGCGAUCGCGCUCCCGUUCGCGUUCCCGCUCGCGAUCUCCCCGCUCCCGAUCGUGCUCCCGCAGUAGCGAUGCCAGCAGUCCCCCGGCGCGAAAGGUUAUCCGCAAAUCGGGCUCCAACGAAUCCCUAAAUUUUAUACCACUCACCGCGAACUUAUCUCGGAAGCAGCAGAAAAUGCUGAUGAAGAAGGGCAAGCGCGCAGCGGCAGCUGCAGCAGCAGCCGCUGGCUCCGGUCAGGCGAAAAAGAAGCCGCCUCACUUCUACUCCAACCAGUCGUCCGUCGGCGGAGCUGUUGAUGAUGACACAGCGCGCUUGCAACAGCGUGCGGCACGAUUUUCGCAGCAGGGCUCCAGCUCGGCCAAGAAAUCUGUCGUCGCCAUUGCAAGCUCACCGUUUGGUCUCACCACGGCCAAGAACAAGAAAAAAAUGAUGCAGCAGCAGCAGCACCAUCGUUCUGCCUUCUACGAGGACACCGAGGCGGCUGGCGGCUUAGAUCUUCUCGAUUUGCAUAUUGUAGGCACUUGUAGGGACCUAGAGAAAUCGUUUUUGCGUCUCACCAAGGCGCCGUCGCCGUCAGAGGUGCGACCUGUCGAGGUGCUCACCCACUCUCUGGUUAAUGUAAAGGAAAAAUGGCGUGCCAAUCAGGAUUACCACUAUGCGUGUGAUCAGUUGAAGUCCAUUAGGCAGGAUCUGACUGUCCAGGGUAUUCGCGAUCAAUUUACGGUUGAGGUGUAUGAGACGCACGCUCGUAUUGCCAUGGAGAAGGGAGACCACGAGGAGUUCAACCAAUGCCAGACGCAACUGAAGAUGCUGUACAUGGAGAUUGACGGAAAGAGCGUCAAUGCUUUGGAAUUCACAGCUUAUCGCAUACUCUACUACAUUUUCACUAAGAAUACCUUGGACAUUACCACUGUCCUGCGCUCCAUUACGGCUGAUCAACGCGAGAGUCCUGUCAUUGCACACGCCCUACAGUUCCGAUCUGCGUGGUCGCUCGGGAACUACUGCAAAUUGUUUUCUCUGUACAAGACGGCGCCUCUUAUGUCCGGCCACAUGAUUGAGUGGUUCCUGGAGAGGGAGCGCAAGGCGGCUUUGCGUGUCAUUAUUAAAUCUUAUCGUCCCAACAUUAGUGUUGACUAUAUAACCAAUAUUCUGGCCUUUGAGAGCUCCGAAAAAUGCAAAGAAUGGCUCGACACCUUCAGUUUGCCUUAUGCCGCCAAUGGUGCGCAAGUCGAUUGUAAAAACGCAGCUGCCAUUGCCAUUUGAGGCGACUUUCACAUAAGGCAGAUUACCUGCUGAGAAGCACUAUAUGAUUUUGUACCUGAUUUCCGAUUUUUUCGGAUUUUAGUGUCCUUUGUCGGACUUCGGAUGCAACUUCCCUGGCCCCACUUAACUUACUUUGUACAUAUUUUUGUAGAUCGCGAUUCCCCUUCGUUACACAGUUAGGAUUUGCUUUACUCCCCUUCUUAAGCUUCCAAUUAUCUUCGAAUAAGUGAGCCUUAGAAUUCUUCGUUUUUUUAGGAGCUUUAAAGUGUAGACUUCUUCGUAGGGGAUAAUAUUUUACAAGGAAAACAGUUCAUCGAAAGAAAAGAUACAACAAACAUCACGGGAAACAUAAAUCUACUUCACAUUAAUUCUGUACUGCAAUUUAAACUACAACUAAAUGUUGUAGAAGGAAAGCCUGCUUGCACCUAGCUCUGGAGUCGCCAAAAUACUGGAUGAAUCAAUAACGAUUUUAGAAGGCCCGAACUGUCGACGGCGAAGCCAUACCCCGGAUUGUAGAUUUCACUACUAGGAACUGGAGUUACCGAAUUCCUAGAAGGAUCAACUUGAUAUCUGCGGUUACGUUAUGGAUUCAGCUACGGAUACUGUAUUUUACAACGGGAAAGCAGAAAACAUCUGUAUAGUUUGCUUGGCGGAACAGGAAUACUUUCAUGUUUUUGAAACCUAAACCGUCACGAUCUUCGGAACAUUUUCGUCUGGUCAGCGUGGGUCUUCAUUCCUUUUAUUUAAAACCGCGGCAAACUGUAUAUAUUUUUUCAAACAACAAAAUCCUACAAGAUCCCCGACUCAAAACUCGUCAGAAUUCUACAAGAUUAACCUGAAACCAAAAGUGCGUGACCUCCCAAUGAAUAUGAAGAACUUGAGAACUGAAGUGAAUCAAUUCCAAAUGAGGUCACACACCUCUUGAAUAACAACUCUACUAAAAGUGUACUCUCGCAAAACUAACAUGAAAUAAUACACAUGCAGAAACAAAAUCAGAUGCGAUCAUCGAACUCCGAGAGUCCAAAAGCUUGGUGCUGAGAAUUCAUCUUUGUUUCGUUGUGAUUAUUUACUCAUUUUAUCGUCAUUUGAUCACUUCAUUUUUAAACUAGUUUUAAGGUUUAGGCUUAAUGAUUGUUGUCUUAUUUAAAUUAUUGCAAAGGAUUAUACUAAUGUUCUGUCUCUCUAUUGUAUACCUGUAUAUAUACAACCAUCCAAUCCACCACCAAGAACUACAACAAGAACGAGCCUGCAUGUAUAUUCUCCGGAAGUUCAAAGUCAACGUUUCGGAAAAUGGCAAAGUCAACCUGGUCUUCCCCGUCGCCACAAAUCAUCGGUGAAAUGGCAGUCGAAAAAUCAUCAAAUAUUCGCGACAUUUGUAAGCUCUUCCAAUUUUUAUUCGUGUUACAAAAAAAAAUUGUAUACAAAAAUUUCGAGUCUAUGGGGUAGCACAUAAGCAAUUGGUCAUAAUCCUAUAAUCAGUGGAUACUUUUUUAUAGGGGGAGUUAGACAAGAAACCUAACUCUUCUUUAUUAUACAGUAAUUAUACAAUAGACUAGGAUUAAAGGUAUAGGCUAAGUUUACCUGUUAUAUUUAUUUUUAAUUUUCUUGAAUGUUGGAAAAUGAUGAAAAAAUUCAAGAUUUCAAAUGCUCUUUCAAAUAUUUAUGCAAAACAUGGGAUCCCGUUUGCAUGAAAAGUGAGAGUUAUAAUUCCGCUUUAACAAUAAACAUAACAAAACGCAGCAA